UUAAUCUAUCAUUUCAAUUGUUUAACUUAACAGUUUUAUUCUAAAAUUACGAUUUAUCAAACCAAUAAUGUAUUUCUAUAUUUUCAUCGUGAUGUAUCUAACUAGAAGUUUUUCAAACGCAUAUCUUUUCGAAUUUUCACCUUUUUUACGUAAGGAUUUGAAAUUUAAUCAAUCAGCAUGGGAGAAACUGGAGGCUAUAUUUGAUAGUAAUAAACAUAAUAUUGAAGGUAUGAACUUCGAAAUAUUUAGAGCCCUUAUGUGUCCUUUUAAACCAGUACACAAUUUGAAUGAAAAUGAUAUUAAAAUAUUAUUCACUAACGAAAAUGAAAUAGAUGAAGACGGAUUUAUGAAUUUUGCUCAAUUUUUAAAACGAAUACUAGAAGUUACAAAAAAAGUUGAGCAUACAUUAAAAAUUAUUCAUGAAUAUCAUGUCAACCAAGAUGGCAAGAUGACUAAACAAACAUUUAUUGAAGCUUUAAAAUUAUUGAAUAUGGUUAUUACACCAGAAGACGCUGAAAAAGCAAUAAAAAAAGAUGGUACAGACGAACAAGAUAUCAAUUUUGAAUCAUUCAGAAACAUGUAUGCCAUGAUAUAUUAUAAAGUACUUAAUGAUGUAAAAGACAGUAUAUUGAAUCAAUUAGGGGUCGUAAUUCACUGGUGAUUUUGAGGCGAAGCUGAGAAGAAGAGAAACUCCAUCCUUAUGCGUUCCCGUUCAAUUCAAGUUCUUAAUGUUAAUUAAUAAAAUCAAAUGCAUCAACUAUACUAUAUAUACAAAAAUGAAAAAUAUGCUAAUUUUAACAUUGUCUCCUGAUAUUAAUUUGAAAACAAUGUGUAAAAAUAAAUGAAAUAACUUCACUUCAUUAUAAUUAACUAUGAUUUAUCAUAAUUAAACGUAUACACUAUUUUCUUUA